AUCACUUUACAACCACAUCUUCCCUACUCAUAUAUAGCAUGGGGUCCCUUUAUUGGGUUGCUUAUCUCCUUACGGCGGCGCUCAUCCUCGCCUAUAUCCUCCUCCGUCGCCGGAAGAACCAGCUUGUAUUGCCACCAGGACCUAAACCCUGGCCCAUAAUCGGAAACCUAAACCUCCUUGGUCCCCUUCCCCACCGAUCCAUUCAUCAACUCACCCUUAAGUAUGGACCCAUUAUGCAGCUACGGUUCGGUUCUUUCCCUGUGGUGGUUGGCUCCUCCGUCGAGAUGGCUAAGGUUUUCCUAAAGACCAUGGAUGCCAAUUUCGUUGACCGCCCUAAGUUUGCUGCCGGAAAGUACACCACCUACAACUACUCAGACAUCACGUGGUCUCCUCACGGGCCCUACUGGCGGCAGGCGCGUAAGAUUUGCAUCAUGGAGCUCUUUAGCACGAGGCGGUUGGACUCGUACGAGUUCAUCCGAGUUGAGGAGAUGAACACGAUGGUUAGAGACUUGUUUAACUCAAUUGGAACCCCAACAAGGCUCAAGGAUCAUUUGUCCAAGUUGAGUUUUAAUGUCAUCGGUAGAAUGGUUCUAGGAAAAAGAUAUCUAGAUAAGAACGAGAAUUCAGUAUUAUCACCUGGAGAAUUCAUGAAGAUGAUGGAUGAGUGGUUCUUGCUAAAUGGGGUGUUCACUAUUGGGGAUUCAAUUCCUUGGUUGGCCUUCUUAGACUUGGAGGGGUAUGUGAAGAGGAUGAAGGUCUUGGCCAAGAAGUUCGACAAAUUCUUAGAGCACGUGCUUGAUGAGCACAUCGCGAGGAGGUCCAUCGAUGAGGAAAACAGCACGGGAAAGGACAUGGUGGAUGUGUUGUUGGAGCUAGCUGACGACCCGACUCUCGAGAUCAAGCUCCAAAGACAUGGCAUUAAGGCUUUCACUCAGGAUCUUUUAGUCGGCGGAACUGAUACCUCGACCAUUAUAAUAGAAUGGGCAAUGUCUGAAUUGUUGAAGAAGCCAGAGACCUUCAAGAAGGCACACGAAGAGUUGAACCGUGUCAUUGGACCCAACCGUUGGGUCCAAGAGAAGGACAUACCAUAUCUCCCUUACAUAGAUGCUAUAACAAAAGAAACUAUGCGGAUGCAUCCGGUGGUUCCAAUGCUUGUGCCGAGGAAGUGUAUGGGGGAUUGUAAGGUUGCAGGCUACGACAUUCCUCAAGGAACUCGAGUCCUAGUGAGCGUGUGGAGCAUUGGACGAGAUCCAACACUUUGGGAUGAACCGGAACAAUUCAACCCAGAUAGAUUCAUUGGGAAGACAAUCGGCGUAAAAGGACAUGAUUUUGAGCUUCUACCAUUCGGGGCGGGCAGACGUAUGUGCCCCGGGUAUAACCUAGGGCUAAAGGUGAUCCAGACUAGUGUAGCUAACCUUUUGCAUGGGUACAAUUGGAGUUUGCCUGAAGGAAUGAGCUCGGAAGACUUGAAUAUGGAAGAGAUUUUUGGACUUACAACCCCAAAGAAAAUACCUCUCGUGGUUGUGGCUGAGUCUAGACUUCCACAUAAUUUAUAUCAUAUUAUACCAAACAACUAAUAAUAUCAACCUAUCAUAUUAUAUGCACUUUUUUGUAACA